AUUUCAUAUUUAUUUAUUUAUAUACAUCCAAAAAUAUAUAUAACUGAAAACUAAUUGGGGAAAAUAUGAUCUUAAAUUAGGGUUUCAAUAAAUUGGGCGUAUUCAAGAUUUUCCGAUCUCCACUGUUUCGAUGAUCUCAAUCAAAGAUCUGGGAAGUGAAAUUUUGGAUAGAUGAAUUGAUUAGAAAAUUUGAGGGAUUGUUGAUGGAGAUUAGUUUGAGUAAAACAAAGUCAUUGGAUCUUAAAACAUUUUAUAAUUCUGAGGUGAUUAGUAAUAACGGAAACACGACGAGUAACACGACCAGUAGUAGUAGUAGUAGUUGGUUAGGAAAUGGUGGAGGUGAGGCCACGAAAACGAAAAAAAGGAAGAAUAGGAAGGAGGAGGUGGGUGGUGAUAAUCCGGGUGACGUAAAAAAGAUUAGGCAGAUUAGUGAUGGUACGUGUAUGUCAGGGUUCGGGAUUGGUCAGAAGAUACUAAACGGGUACAAUGCUGCUAAUGGUGUUAUUCCUAAGCGACCACGGGGAUCAUUUGGACGAAGUAAGUUUGCUAAAAGUCGUCUUUUGAAGUCGUCUGAAAAGGUUGAUAAGUUAAAAGAUGAGGUGAAAGUAGCUUCUGACGAACCUUUGGAUCCAAAGGUGGCGUCUUCUUCAAAAGAGAUUGGUAAGUUAAAUGGUGUGUCUAUGGGAAAAGUUAGAACGAAGCAGAAAGGGGUUGUUUAUAAAGGGAAUCAAAAGCAGGAGUCAUCUGCGAAGAGUGACGAUGAUGGAGAUUUGGGUAAGAUGAUUGGUACUAAAGAUGCUGAUGCGGUCAAUCAGAACAUAGUUCCUGAUGCAGUAGACACACUCCAAAGCAGUAGUAGUUCAGAUGAAGUUGCUAAGUUAAAAUAUGAGUUCAGGGAAAGAACGCCGAUUAAGGAUGUACCACUAAACAGUAUUUCUACUUCUGCCGAUCAGAUGGGUAAGUUAAUAGGAAAUUCAAAGGGUAAACUUCGAAACAAUGUUAAGCAAAAUGGAAUGGAUGGAACACAAAAGCAAAAGGAGGUUUCUGCAGCAGUUGGUUCUUCUCGUCUUGCAAAGGGACAAGGCACUGGUUUGGUAUUCAACAAUAAAGAUUUUUCUACUAAACAAAAUGGUAACAACCGUAGUAAAAGAAAGAUGUUGGGAUCAGGUACUGAGACCAUUGCAAAGAAAGUUGAGUCAUCUGUUGAGAAAAAAUGCAGUGCACUCGACAUUGAUCCUGAUGAUGAUCUUGAACAGAAUGCAGCGAGGAUGCUCUCGUCUCGUUUUGACCCUAGUUGUACUGGUUUUGCAUUAAAGGAUAAAUCAUUGGCUUUAUCAUCUGCGAAUGGAGAUAGUGAAGGCCCAAUGGUUGCUUCUGAUCCAGUUACUACCGAUACUGCAGACAGAGUAUUACGCCCCAGGAGACACCAGAAAGGUAAGGGCACCACCUCCAGAAAGAGGCGUCGUUUUUAUGAAAUACAUUCUGAUGACAUGGAUGCUCACUGGUUCCUGAAAAGGAAGAUUAAGAUUUUCUGGCCUUUAGAUGAUAGUUGGUACUAUGGUCUAGUAAAUGAUUAUGAUGCAGAAAGAAAUCUUCAUCAUAUAAAGUAUAAUGACUGGGAUGAAGAAUGGAUUAGCCUUGACAAGGAGAGAUUCAAACUAUUGCUUCUUUCUAGUGAAGUCCCACGUAGGGUAAGCAGUAAAGAUACUCCAUCAGAAGAUACCCACAAGGAAGAUAGCGACGGAAACAGGGGAAUUAGACAUGCUCAUAUCAAGGAUGAUGGCUUCAUGGCAACUCAUAUGGAAUCAGAACCUAUCAUCUCAUGGCUUGCCUGUUCUUCACAUCGAGUCAAAUCACAUACUUCCACUUCUUUGAAAAAGCCAAAGUUCACACAUUCUCCCUCUGAUAAUUCCAUAGAUGUGUAUGAUACAGGUAAAAUGGGUCUGUUGGAAAGAGAAACUGAUAUGCCGACCUGCAGUUCUGCUUUCAUAAAUGCUUCAGCUGACAGUGGAGAAAAUUUACCUAUCGUUUACGUUCGAAGGCGAUACCGUAGAUGUAGUGAUGCAUCACCUCGGUUGUUGAAUGAUGUUCAAUUGGAGCUAGAUUCAGCAUUAGUAGAUAGUAGGGAGUAUAAGAUAUGCAUAUCACUUUGGCCCAUUCUUACGUUUGUACUUGGGGUGGAUAUGUUAUGGUUACUUCACAGUAUAUAUCUAAUGCAUUAUGGCACCAUGAUUACCAUUUGGCCUACUGUUUUUAUGGAAGUUCUGUUUGUUGAUAAUAUUGUCGGAUUGAGGCUCUUUCUUUAUAAAGGUUGCUUAAAGCAAGCAGUGUCCUUCAUUUUCCUAGCCCUGAAAGUGUUUUGUGAACCGGAGAAAGAUGAGUAUAUCAACCGGCAAUUUCCGAUGACGUCAAUAAGAUUGAAACUUUCUUUCUUUCAGAACUUCAGAAAGCAGAAGGUUUUUACAUACCAUAGUUUCUCAAAAGUGAGAGAUGUUGAUUGGCAGCACAUUGAUGCUGAAUUCCAGCCACAUUGUUCCCUCUCAAAACGGCUGUCUCUGUCUGAGUGCACAUACGACAACAUUAAGCUACUGGAUGCGGAAACACAAAACUCUCAUAUGCCAUAUGCUGGUCAAUCAGUGUCCUAUGAGGUUCUUCACAAGAAGUCAAAUUCUGGUCCUUUGCCCUCGCUCAGUAGUUAUAGAUCAUCCAGUAGUAUUGUGCCGGGGAGUCGUGCUUCAACAAUUUUUAGUUUGAAGCGUGGAACUCUUCCUCCGUUUGCUCUUUCAUUUAGUGCUGCACCAAAUUUCUUUCUUGGCCUACAUCUCAAACUUUUGUUGGAACGUAGUAUCAGCCUUCAAGACCAUGCAGAUGAUUGUAGCUAUGUUGAGGACCAGUUUGAGAUUUCUACAGAGAGCUCUUCUGGGAGCCAUGAUGCGGAAAUGUCGUCUGUUGAUGCAAAAGGCUCUGGUAUGGUUUGUACCAACUCACAUCAUGGUAAUGGUGCUGCGAUAAUAACCAUUGACGGAGGGCUGAGGCAGUCAGCUGAACUUGUUCUUGAUGCAAAUUACAAUGUUAGCCAGACUUCCAUCGCUUCUGAAGCUGUUCAAACUGUCGUCAAUUCAGAUAAAUACCAAGGCACUAAUCGACUGUCACAACAGUUUGGCUUUUCUGAAGACCCAGCUGGCUCAUCUCACUUGAAAGGUAUUAGUGUUGAAAUUCCAACGUCUGAUGAAGUUUACAGGGAUUUUCAGAGAACACCUGGUACCCAACAGGUGUCUCCUCUGACUUGGAACUUUAGUGAUGGCAUCAUCUGUAGUACUACUCCUACCCAUGAUAAUUCUUCACCGUUUGGAGAUUCAUUACAUUCAUCGGCUGACGGAAAGUCAUAUGUUAUUGGCAGUGGAUUUGGUAACGGGCCAAAGAAGCCAAGAACUCAGGUUCAGUACACUUUGCCGUCUCGAGAAUUAGAUUUUAAAAUUAAGACUUAUAAUCAGAGUAGCCAUCUUUACCAGAGAAUUAGGAAGUCAAAUGAUAAGAAGACAUCAGAUGUAUCUAAAGCUCCACGUAGGAAUCUUGAAUUGGUUGCUUGUGAUGUGAAUAUAUUGAUCAACGGUGGAGACAAAGGGUGGAGAGAAUGUGGGGCACGAGUUUUCUUAGAAGCUGCUGAUCAGAAUGACUGGAAACUUGCAGUGAAAAGUAGUGGGAAGUUGAAGUAUGCAUAUAAGGUGCAUCAAGAUUUACAGUCUGGCUCAACCAACCGCUACACCCAUGCUAUGAUGUGGAAAGGGGGGAAGGAUUGGCAACUCGAGUUCCCAGACAGAAGUCAAUGGUUUCUUUUCAAGGAGAUGUAUGAGGAGUGCCACAAUAGGAACAUACGAGCAUCAUCCAGAAAAAACAUUCCUAUUCCUGGUGUUCGUCUUAUUGACGACUCGUUUGAUGAUCUAGAGGAGAUGCCUUACGUCCGCAAUCCCUGGUACUUCCGUCAGGUGAAAAAUGAUGUUGAAAUGGCUAUGGAUGCAACUCAUGUUAUUUAUGACAUGGACAGUGAAGAUGAAGAGUGGCUUUCAAGGAACAGGGCAUAUUGGGAGAUGCAGCAGGCGAGUGAAGAUGAUAUGAUCACUGAUGAGCUUUUUGAGAAGGUCAUGGAUAUGUUGGAGAAGGUUUCAUAUGCUCAGAAGCGUGAUCACUUUACUUCCGGAGAAAUUGAAGAGUUGAUUGCCAGAGUAAGUCCCAUACAAGUGGCAAAAUCCAUCUACGAACAUUGGAGAGAAAAGAGGCAACGGAAGGGCAUGCCACUAGUUCGACAGUUCCAGCCUCCGUUAUGGCAAAGGUACCAGCAGAUAUGUAGAGAGUGGGAUCAAUUGAACCCAAAAUUAACAGCUGGGGCAGUCAGUGGAUCCCAGGAGAAGGCAUCUGCAGGCGACAAACCACCUAUGUUUGCUUUUUGUUUGAAGCCACGAGGUUUGGAAUUGCUCAACAAAGGUUUGAAACAUAGGCCACAUAAGAAAAUUUCACUUUCUGGCUACAGCCAUGCAUUUCUAGGUGAUCACGACGUUCAUCGUUCUUCUGGAAGAAGAUUAGAUGCAUAUCCCUUUGGAGAUGAGAGAGCCGAGUCUUCAGAUGUUUCUCCACUGGCAACUAGGAUGUAUUUGUCGCCUAGAGAUACUGGUGGGCCCGGACAGUUUUCUUUGGACGGUGGUGAUGCCUCUGACUGGAAUCACCACCCGAGAGUCCAGAGAAAUAACUCCAAGAACAUUAGAACUGUUGUAUCGCCAAGAAUGGCUAUGGUGUCAUCCACCUUUAGCAAGGCAGGAAAGAGAAACAAUGGGAGAAAGUUGAAUACAACUGACUCUGAUUGGUAUAAUCAACCAAGUUCUCCAUAUAGGCAUCCAGGUCAACUGUUGUUGGGUGGGUCGGAUCUUGAUGAGUUUAGGCUUAGGGAUGCUUCCAGUGCUGCAAAGCAUGCUCGUAAUAUGGCUAAGCUAAAGAGGGAGAGAGCUCAGAAACUCAUGCUGAGUGCAGACCUAGCAAUUCAUAAGGCGGUCUCUGCUCUAAUGACGGCUGAAGCAAUAAAAGCUUCUUGUACAGGAGAUAAUGAUGAGCAAAUGAAGUCAACCAGUCCACCUACGAGCUGAUUGGUUUGAUUUCUUCUGUUUCUUUUGUUCAUAGGUUCUAUUAAAUUAUAGUCAGUCAGCGAGUCAGGUGCAAUUUUUGGUUUAGACUUUGUUUUCACACAGUGCCUGCUUUUGGUACAUUUGGUAGUUAGGCUAUAGUUUUCCCUCGAGCAUCAGUAAACAACGCGAUUUUGAGUUGGUGCUUUUGUGGGAUAGGGUGGCAGUUUUGUUUAGACAUUUUAUCUGUACAGAAAAUUCCCAGCGAUGUAUUUACUUGAUUGCCCCCCCAAA